AACCCUGUACCACUAGAAGAAACAAAUAAUGCCAACGAUUCUUCAGGCGAGCCUGGAGCUAAAAAGAGAAAAAUGGAGGAUGAUGCUACAAACAACCACAGUCCAAAUGUUUUGGGUACACGUGUGCUAGUGUUUCCUGGUGGAUCAAUCCCUUACAACACGUUUGUCCACAGCUAUUGUGAAAAGGCUAAGCCGUUGAUGCGAGGCCUUAUGGAACAUGCGAACAUGGUCAGAAUGUGGAUUAACUUCUUAAUUCCAAAGAUAGAAGAUGGGAAUAAUUUUGGAGUCUCAAUACAGGAGGACGUGGUGGCUGAGGCAAGACAAGUUAAAAGUGAGGCUGCCAGUUACCUCGAUCAGAUAUCCAGAUAUUAUCUCCAGAUAGCACGCAUCAUCUCAAAAAUAGCCAAAUACCCACACAUUGAGGAUUACAGACAAUCCAUUAAAGAGUUUGAUGAAAGACAAAUGCUCAAUCUGCAAAAUGCUAUUCUCGAAAUGAGAAAUCAAUUCGCAUCACUGCAUGAUAUCAUCAUGAAGAAUAUUGACAAAAUCAAGGUUCCAAGAUCAGCCAAUGCCCAGAAUAUGUAUUGAAUAAAUCUUUUUGUGUUGAUUUCUUGAACUGAUACAUCGGAUGGAUACUGUUACUUCAGUUGUAAAAUGGCAUAGGAUUCUAGUUUAUAUUUUGUAAUAAUAUGGUAUCCAGAAGUUUAAUGUAUGUCUUUAUGGCU